ACAUCAUCACCAAUAAAUAAUUAUAUUACAUGCGUUAAUCUUUUUAACAGACAAUUAAUAUAAAUAAAUACAAUAUAAUAGGUACUUAGCAGAUGUAAAUUUCCUUUUGGUGUAAUAUGUAGCCUAUUUGGUGUAAAUGACAGGCUUUCAGGCAAAGUGGCUUUUCUAGAGUGUCCAUAGGGCGUAUUUGCAUCCCUGUACCGCCAUUUACAAUACAACACCGCCAGCAGUUUUAGGACAACCGUUUCAGGACGUGGUUUUGUAAACAUGACAAGUGACAACGUAAUCUUAGUUUUUCCAUUUACAGAUGCGGUUUAGACUGUCGAUCAUCACUCCAUUAUCACUGUCUGUACGGUGAAACUACAGUCAUUUAAGUCAUUUAAUCGUUUGGCAAGAAGCACACCAUAAAAGUGCCCUUCGCUAGUACACUAGCACCAUGAGUAGCACACUUGAUGAUUCAAAGACAACAGAAGCAAGUAUGGACCAUGAACUGUACACUGUACAGAGUCCCUCUGGGGACACAAAGGAUGGCCAAGAUCAUUCAGAAUUCAUUUAUAAAAUGUCAAAUGAAGAAUUUGUUCGAUUCGUGAAGUUGCGUGUUACCAACGACGCACUUUUCACUGGAAAGAGAAAUUCUUCAACUCUGGCUUAUAGGGCCAUCUUGAAAGAGUUGGGUCUGCAGAGAGAGAUUUCUGCCAGCCAGGCAAGAAGGAAAUGGGAAAACCUAAAGAUGAAAUAUAAGGAGCUGAAGAAUCCCCCACCUGGCAUCUCAGUGAACCCCACUAACUGGCCAUGGUUCUCCCUCAUGGAUGAUGCCAUGGAGGGUAGACUCGCCGGAAGCGAUAUCACUGUGGACACGUCUUCUGUGGGCAAUGACAGCGAGUAUCGUCCAAACACCAUCAACCGCAGCCGAAGGAGCAAACGAGUGCGUGAGCCAGACAGAAAUGAGAUUGAGCUGUUCGUGGAAGAGGAUGACAUGAUGUCAGAAGAGAUGGGGCGAGACAGGGCAGAACUUGACAGAGACAGAGACGAAAUGGAGCAUGAGAGGGCUAUCCUGGAGAGUGACAAAGCCGCUAUCGAAUACGAGAGGAUGGUCCUGGAGAGAGAGAAGAUGGUUCUGGAUAGAGAGAGAGCAGGGGUUGAGAGAGAACUUGCAGCAUUGGACCGAGACAGGGCCUCUUUGGAGAGAGAGAAAGCUGCUGUGGAGAGAGACAGGGCCUCUGUGGAGUACAUCCGAGCACAACUGGAAAAGGAAAGGGCAAUUCUAGACAGAGAAAGGGCAAAACUCGAGAGAGAGCGUGCCAUCCUGGAGCAUCAGAGUGGGACAGUGAAAGGGGAACAGAUGGCUAUUUUGAACGACAGUGCAGAGGGAAUUGACAACUCUCUUCCCUUAGUGAUGGAGCCAGCUUCCCUAGAAAGGAGGCAGAAAUUCCUCAACCUGUUCGAAAAACUCAUUGAGAACUUCUAAAAUAGAUACAGCUGUUUUAAGCAGGACCUGUUAUGUACAAUAUGUAAUUAUUUUUAUACCAUUUUUGUUGAAGUAAAAACUUUUCUGUUGCCAGAAGUGGAUUGUGCUGUUCUACACUGAUUGACUCUUGAUUUAGUGACUGUGUGUUAGUAUCUAUCAAGGGCAUAGAUUUAGGGGUUACUUGCUUGUUUAUAUUAUCGGAUGGGUUAGCUACCCCCACCCCCCUGGAAUCUAUAUUAGUUUAAGAUGUUUGGUUUUAUGCCUUUAAAAAUGUAGUAACAAUGAAAACAUUAAGCCACCUCUGUUUUGGAGAGGUCAUCAGAAAACUUUAUUCAGAUGUGAUAUUUCUAUACAAAACACACAAUGCUGAGUUAUUAUUUACCCUCCCAUCCCCCCAAUCAUUCUCAACCCCUCCACCAUUACAACAGUUUUGAAUUGUUCAUUCGAAGGCCAUUGAGCAUGGUCAUUACAACAGCUUGAAAUGUUUUAUACCAACAUAUUGCAGUUCUUGUAAAAAACACAAAACAUCAACUCAUAUAUUUUAUAUUACUUUACAGACUUUACAACAAAUGAUAGAAUGCUUCCUAUAUUUUAUUAGUCAAAUUUACCUUUCAAGAACUUAAUUGAGCACCAGCUUCAAUUAGUUUAUGCUAAUUGAUAAACAUUUGUUAAAUUCUAUAUGAAUAUUAACAGUAUUUCAUAUUUUUUUUUUUUACAAACAAACAUAUUUAAAACAAAGCCCCAAACAGGCAACCAGUACAGCAUACAAAAAUCGUUAUUUUUUUUUUUUUUUUUUUUGACUUUUCCAAUAAAAACGAAGGUUUUGCAUUUGUACAUCAAUGUCAUCUCACUUUCUUGAUAGGUUCAUUUUUUACAUGUGAUAAAUAAAAUGACUGUUUCACAGUGAUGCAUGGUUUUCUUUGUUUUAGGAGAUGUUGUUUAUGAAAGCUCUUCUUUUUUGAGGUUAGACCGGUACUGGUUAGUGUGUAUGAGUGUUUGAUUCAUCACCAAUCCAGAAAUGAUUGUAAACUUACUCCAUUAUGAGACACGUUUGAACCGUGUAUGUACUGUGUUUAAAGGUAGAAAUGCUAGCAGCGUAGAGUUAGAAGUGUCCACCAGUACUCCUGUGAGAAUACGAGUCUGUGUUUGUGUAUUUAUGCAAACCUCUUUUAAAAGACAGCCAUUCAUUCUCAAGUAUUUGCUUGAGCCUAAAGUGUAAAAAAAGAAACAGGUACACACAGGGGAGUUCUGUUGCAUGUGCAUACGUGUGCAUUUGUG